GCGUCAGAAUUUGAAGAUGAUCCAGAUCUCUAUGUUCUGAAGCCUAUAAAAUAUGUAGGGAUUGAAGUGUGGCAGGUAAAGGCUGGUUCAGUUUUUGACAACAUUUUGAUAUGUGAUGACCCGGAGUAUGCAAAAAUGGUAGUGGAAGAAACUUGGGCGAAAAAUAGAGAGGCUGAGAAAGAAGCAUUUGAGGAAGCAGAGAAAGUAAGGAAAGCUAGAGAAGAGGAGGAAGCUCAGCGAGCAAGGGAGGAAGGUGAACGGCGGAGAAGAGAGAGAGGAUAUGAUCGGCGUUACCGGGGCAGGGAGCGGUACAAGGAUAGAUAUAGAAAGCGCCGCGAUUAUCUGGAUGAUUAUCAUGAUGAAUUGUGAAAGCCAUGCACAGUUCCAUCAGGGAGACAAUGGAAAGAGACAUCCAUAUAUCUUUUUGUAUUGUUAGUAUUGGGGUUUGACCGUCGCGGACUAUAUGAUGAUGAGGGGUCCCUGAAUGAAAGUUGAGUAUAAGUUUUGUUAGUGUGCAACAAUUUAUGAAGAACUUAGAAUCUCUUGUCCUG